AACAGAAUCUUGUAGCUUGACGUUGUUUAGCGUCGUUCAUUGUCGUUUGAUUUUACUAACGCGAUUUCGGCCAUGAACAAAAACAAUUCCCGCACAAAUCCGAAGGGCUCGAGCUCUGCAGCAUCUGGAACCAAUGACGAAAACAAACCGUCUCCGGAGGAUAACCAUCAUCCCUGCGGCAGCAAAGAUGUUUGGGAACGCAAUUAUGCGUUUGCUCAAGUUUAUGCAAUCAAGCGCAAGGAAAGAAUAUUGAAGCAAAACGAACAGUUCGCUUUCAAGGCACAACCUUUGCCCAGUUUUGCGUCACCAAAGAAAAAGCCACAAACACCAAAAUUCACCAUCCCUGUCACGCCGCAGGUGCUUAAGCAUCCGGUUGGUAAAGCAGAGCAAAAUGCAACCCAACCGGGCGCUAAACGGGAGCUCAAGAGGAAGGCGCAGCUACCGAAGUUCACCAUUCCGGAGACACCGCAGGUGCUGAAGCGUGGAAACAAAACUGCCAAAUCCGCGAGCAAAGUCAACCAACAAGAUGACUCUGGUCACGCUUCCUAUGAAAAUGAUGUGACUGAAUUUGGCAACUAGACUACACUUCCGCAAAGCUCACCAUACCACACACGCCGCUGGAGUUUUUAACAUGCAAUCAAACAAAUGAACCGAAGAAAAUAACAAACAGAGGUGAAAUUAGAAUGUACGCAAAUUAAAUUAAGAAUUAUCCCUAGUGCCACUGCAAACGACUGCGAAUAAAUGUUAUUUUGGUAACGAAUUGAAGUGCUGCAAUUCCGUGAGGAAGAUCAGAUUUAUUCAAAUGUGAUGCUGUUCAAGCGUUACCGAAGUAACGUUGCUAGUUGCGAUCUGUUGUGAAAAUAUA